UUUAAUAUUAAAACAUUCCUACUGCAACACUACUAUUUGGAACCCUGAAAGCUGGUCCCCCUCCCCCUGCUCAAGCAUGGGAGAUGGAACAUUCCACUUAUAGUACAACCCCAAGACUACAUAACCCAUGAACCCCCUAGGCUUGGAUCCUUUGACCUGCAACAGGCUACUGCCAUGCUGGAACAAGCAGAGUCUCAAAAAGGUCCACCUGGUGUUUGCCACUGCAGCCAUGUGGGUAACAAUAAAAGAGUCUUUAAAACUUGGAGGUUGUCUUGUAUUUAUGUCCCUUACAAUAGCUUACAGCAUGGAACGGACGAGAGCUCUGUUACAAUGCCACAUGGUGUCAGAGGAAAACUGGAUGAAAAACGUCGGACGUGAGUGAGAAGAACCAGAGUGUGCAUCGCCAUGGCAAAGUUUACCCCACCGGAGCAGUUUGAUUUCUCAAAGCCUGAAGCAUGGCCUGACUGGAAGCUAAGAUUCGGCAGGUAUCGCAUAGCUUCACUACUUACGGAGGAAGAGGAAAAAGUGCAAGUGAAUGCAUUGAUUUAUUCCAUGGGAGCGGAGGCUGAGCACAUUUUCAAGGCUUUCACGUUUACUAAUGCAACGGAUGCAGAUGAGUAUGAUGUUGUAAUGGCUAAAUUCUACAAACAUUUCAUUCCAAAACGAAACAUGAUCUAUGAGCAUGCUAAGUUCCACUCAAGAGUUCAACAACCAGGCGAGAGUGUGGAAACCUUCGUCAAGCAACUGUAUGAACUAGCUGAAAACUGUGAUUUUGGGGCACUAAAAGAGGAGAGCUGAACUUCCUGGGACAGGUCAUGACCAAGGACGGCAUAGCCCCUAAUCAAGUGAGGGUCAAAGCCAUAACAACAAUGGAACCACCUCAGAGCGUGAGUGAGCUGAGACGGCUACGUGGGAUGAACUACAUAGGCCGUUACCUACCAAACCUCUCCACGGUGUUACAGCCACUCAACAAGCUACUCAAGACUGAGCGUGAUUGGUGCUGGGGUCCACAGCAAGACAGAGCGUUCGCAGAAGUGAAACAGCUAAUUCCAUCAGCACCAGUCUUGGAGUUCUUUGAUCCGGUGAAGCCGACCAUCGUCAGUGCAGAUGCAAGCAGUUACAGGCUCUGAGGAGUCCUCCUGCAGAGCCAUGAUGGAGUCCUGAAGCCUGUUGCGUUCUGUUCACGUAUGUUGACUGAUGCAGAGAAGAGAGACGCUCAGAUCGAAAAAGAGUGCCUUGCAGGAGUGUGGGCCUCUGAGCGUUUCUACCAGUAUCUUUGUGGCUUAGAGAGAUACAAGCUGCUUACAGACCACAAGCCACUGGUAACUCUAAUCAACUCAAAAGACCUCGACACCACACCAAUUCGUUGUCAGUGCCUGCUUAUCAGGUUAAUGAAGUUUAACCCAGUCACAGAAUAUGUUCCAGGCAAACACUUAGUCAUUGCAGCGCCCUGUCUAGGCAACCAAUCCAGGUGACCCAGAAGCGGAGGUGAAAGCGUAUGUGGACUCAGUGGAGGACGACCUGAGAGUGAGGAAGCUGAUCGUCGAGCAGAUAAAAGACCAGACAAGAACAGAUGAUGAGCUCCAGGGUGUCCUCAAGUACGUCCAAAAGGGGUGGCCAGAAUACCUGAAGAGCGUGGCUGUCAGAGCAAGCACCUACUUCAAAGAGCGUGGCUUACUCAGUGAGACCAAUGGAUUGCUGCGACGUGGCAAGCAGAUCGUGAUUCCUAGCAGUAUGAGAGACUACAUGUUGCAGAAGAUUCACGAGGGCCACCAAGGCCUUACCAAGUGCAGAGAACGGUACAAUGGCGCUGUGUGGUGGCCGGGCAUCGCCAGUGAUGUGAAGAAGCUUGUAACGUCAUGUAAACAUUGCAACAUCUACAGACCGAGCCAAAGCAGAGAACCGUUGAUCUCCACACCGUUGCCAGAUCUACCAUGGCAAAAGCUCGCAGCUGACCUGUGUGAGUUCAAAGGUCGUCACUACUUAAUCGUGAUUGACUACUUCUCCAGAUGGCUCGAGAUCCUACACUUACCAAAAACAAACUCAGAAACCGUCAUACAGUUGAAAAGCAUCUUCACACGCUACGGGAUUCCAGAGGAGCUCAUGACAGAUAACGGCCCUCAGUUCUCAACCGAACAGUUCAGAAACUUUAUGACUUCCAGCACGUUACUUCAAGCCCUCAUUUCCCACAGUCCAACGGCAUGGCCGAACGAGCUGUGAAGACGGCAAAGUGGAUUCUCAAGCAAGACAACCCUCAUCUAGCUCUUCUGAGCUACCGCUCAACACCAACAGAACCAACUAGGCAAAGUCCCGCCAAGUUGCUAAUGGGUCGAGAAAUCCGUACAACACUCCCUGUACUCAAAGAGAGCCUGUGGCCAAUGUGGCCAAAUCUAGAGACCGUCAAGAAAAAUUACGCAAAAGCAAAACAGUCCUAUGAGAAGUACUACAACCGCAGGUACUCUGCCAAGCCUCUACCAUCACUGUCCUUUGGCGAUAAAGUCAGAUUGAAGAUCGACGGAGAAAAGGCUUGGACAACACCAGCAACUGUGCAGCGCCUGGAGGCUGCACCGCGUUCCUUUACAAUGGAGAUGGAGCGAGGCGACAUACCGCGACGGAACCGGCGCCACAUCCGGCUGGCCAACCAGGAGCUGUCAUCACCACGAAAGAUGGAUGUUCCUCAGCCGAUGGAUCAAGAUGGACAGCGUGAGCCAGCUGAGCAGGGCUUAAUCACUGCCAGUGCUCCUGCUGACACCCCUGGUUCCCCUGAACACCCAACUCCAGUUGUCACCAGGUUUGGUCGGACUGUUAAACCAAACCCCAGCUAUUUUGGAGGGUGUGGUGAACUUUUCCAGGAGUGGCUGGCCAACCAAUAUUACCCCAAGAGUGCAGCGACGACAUCCUAUAGGUCACAAAAGACCCCACAGCAGCCUCCAAAGAACUGUACGCUUCACUUUCCUCAGAUAUGGUUCCACUAG